AUGGUAACCCCAGGAAUUCGUCACAGAAUAGAUGAGAUAAAGGAAAUGUUUAGUGAAAUCAAAGAAAACAUCAAUGCGACAAUACCGAACAGGGUCAGAAAGGACUCUGUUUUACUCGAGAUAUGCACUCCUGGAACUUGUGGAUAUAAUGGAUGUAGCAAGUCUACAAGAAACAGGGAAUCUGAGCUUUUAGAGAGGAUUAAGGAGUUGGAGUUGAUAAUAGAAAAUAUAAGUAAAGUCACUGAUUUCUCCACCUAUAAAGAAGAGCUGCAGGCGAAGGAUAUUGCCAUUGCAAUGGAAGAAAAGAAUCACGAAGUGAAGAAGAUGAAGGAAGAAUUGUCUAGAAUUGUGUCUGCAAAUGAGUGCCUUCGUAAAGAUAAUUUAAGGAUACAGUCCUGUCUUGAUGAAUACAAAGAAAGGGCUUCAAAGCUGGAAGAGACCAAGAAGGAGUGCUUAGCCUAUAAAGAAGUUAUAUCAAAGCUUAAAAGUGAAAUAAUGGAUCUUAAAGGCUCUGUACAAGUAAUCUGCCGUAUAAGGCCCAAUACAGCUGGGAGAAAGGGAUCGAGAAUAGAAAUAUCAGAUGGAGCUCUGAAAAUUAGUAUGGGAGGUAAGGAACAUUCUUUUUCAUUUGAUAAGGUGCUUGGGCCGCAUACAACACAAGAAUGUGUAUAUGGAGAAAUGGAGAUGAUCCUUCGUUCAGUACUGGAGGGGUAUCGAGUUUGUGUGUUCACAUACGGGCAAACUGGAAGUGGAAAGACUUAUACUAUGGAAGGGAAUGAUAAUAAUCCAGGGCUGAUUGUUAGAACGUUGAAAGAUAUCUACAGCAUCAUUGAAGAAAUGAGAACGGACGGCUGGGUGUUUGACAUCACGUGCAGUUAUGUAGAAAUAUAUAACGAAGAUGUUGUAGAUCUGUUUUCAGAAGACAUGAGGAAAGUUGGAAUUGUGCAUAGAGGUGGAGAUGUAAAUAUGGUGGACUGCAUUAGUAUAUCUGUUUCCAAUGCAUCGGAAGCCAUUGGCCUAUUCCAAAGUGGUGCUCGGAGAAAAAAAAUUGGAGACACCAACUGCAAUAUGAAGUCGAGCAGAAGCCAUGUGAUUUUCAUCUUGAAAAUAAAAAUGAGUAAUAAAACCUCAAAGGAAGAAAAGGAAGGGGUCAUGGCGCUCAUAGACUUGGCAGGAUCAGAAAGGCUUAGUGUUUCUAAGGCCGAGGGGGCUAGGCUAAAGGAAACACAAAACAUAAACAAAAGUUUAUCGGCACUAGGAGAUGUUUUUAAUUCUAUUCUAAGAAAGGAUGGCCAUAUCCCAUUUAGGAACUCGAAGCUUACACAUCUUUUACAAAGUUUUUUAUCUGGCAACUCCAGGGCAAUCAUGCUUGUCAACAUUUCACCUGAUGCAGAACAUUUCAAUGAAACAGUAUGCUCUCUUCGGUUUGCAGAUAGAGUUAGCCAAUGCAAGCUUGGGUCUGUAAAACGCAAGAUAACAAAUUUUGUUUCUGAAUGA